CGGGCGGCUGCCUAGUGACCGGGCGCGGGGCGGGACUUCCGGCAGUUGCAUCAGAUUCUGGGAAGCUGUGCCGGGGACCGGGUCGGGAUCCCUAGGAUGGCAGGUUCCUCCGCGGAGCAGAGUAAAGGCCGGCGCACGCAGCCCCCAUGGACCCCUCCGGCCGGCACCGAGCCCUGCAAGCUGCGCCUGUACAACAGCCUCACCCGGAACAAGGAUGUGUUCGUACCUCAGAACGGGCGGCGAGUGACCUGGUACUGCUGCGGGCCCACCGUCUACGACGCGUCUCACAUGGGACACGCCAGGUCCUACAUCUCUUUCGACAUCCUGAGGCGGGUGCUGAGGGACUACUUCCAGUUCGACGUGUUUUAUUGCAUGAACAUCACAGACAUCGAUGACAAGAUCAUCCGGAGAGCCCGGCAGAACCACCUGUUUGAGCAGUACCGGGAGCAGCGGCCCCGCCCUGCCCAGCUCCUGCAGGACGUGCGCACCGCGCUGGAGCCGCUCGCGGUGAAGCUGAGGGAGACCGCGGAUCCCGACAAGAAGCAGAUGCUGGAGCGCAUGCAGCGCGCAGUGCAGGUCGCCGCCGAGCCGCUGGAGGAGGCCCUGCGCUCCGACCUCGCCGCAGAGGAGGUCGACCGCCGCGCGCAGAUGCCUCCCCCAGAACCCAGCAGAGGAGCGAGAUGGCCCUUUUCCUUCACACCUGCGCCCCCUGCUGGCCGCCCUCUUCAACCUGCGCUGCUGGAGGAGGCCCGGGAUGUGCUCUCUGACUGGCUGGACGCUGCCCUGGGCAGCGGGGUGACCGACAACUCCAUCUUCUCUGAGCUGCCCAGGUUCUGGGAGGCGGAGUUCCACAGGGACAUGGCGGCCCUGAACGUCCUCCCUCCCGACGUCCUGACCCGGGUCAGCGAGUACGUGCCCGAGAUCGUGCGCUUUGUCCAGAAGAUCGUGGACAACGGCUACGGCUACGUCUCCAACGGGUCCGUCUACUUCGAUACGGCGAAGUUCGCGUCCAGCGAGGGGCACUCGUACGGGAAGCUGGUGCCCGAGGCCGUGGGGGACCAGCAGGCCCUGCAGGAGGGGGAAGGCGACCUGAGCGUCUCGGCUGAGCGCCUGAGCGAGAAGCGGUCCCCCAACGACUUCGCGCUGUGGAAGGCCUCGAAGCCGGGGGAGCCGUCCUGGCCGUGCCCGUGGGGGAAGGGGCGCCCGGGAUGGCACAUCGAAUGCUCGGCCAUGGCAGGCACCCUCCUGGGCGCCUCGAUGGACAUCCACGGAGGUGGCUUCGACCUCCGGUUCCCCCACCACGACAACGAGCUGGCGCAGUCGGAGGCCCACUUCGAGAACGACUGCUGGGUGCGGUACUUCCUGCACACGGGCCACCUGACGAUCGCCGGCUGCAAGAUGUCCAAGUCGCUCAAGAACUUCAUCACCAUCAAGGACGCCCUGAGGAGGCACUCGGCGAGGCAGCUGCGCCUGGCCUUCCUCAUGCACGCCUGGAAGGACACGCUGGACUAUUCAAGCAACACCAUGGAGUCGGCCCUGCAGUACGAGAAGUUCAUGAACGAGUUUUUCCUCAACGUGAAGGACCUUCUCCGCGCGCCUGUCGACGUCACCGGGCAGUUCGAGAAGUGGGAGGAGGAGGAGGCAGCGCUGAACGAGAGCUUUUACGAUAAGAAGACGGCGGUGCACGAAGCCCUCUGCGACAACGUGGACACACGCACCGUCCUGGAGGAGAUGCGGGCUCUGGUCAGCCAGUGCAACCUGUACAUGGCCGCCCGGAAGGCCGCCAGGAGGAGGCCCAACCGAGUUCUGCUGGAGAGCAUCGCACGGUACCUCACCCACCUGCUCCAGAUCUUCGGGGCCAUCGAGGAGGAGAGCUCCCUGGGGUUCCCUGUCGGGGGGCCCGGAAGCAGCCUAAACCUCGAGGGCGCCGUCAUGCCGUACCUGCAGGCGCUGGCGGAGUUCCGGGCGGGCGUGCGCACGAUCGCCCGGGAGAGGCACGUCCCCGAGGUCCUGCAGCUCAGCGAUGCCCUGCGGGACGACAUCCUGCCGGAACUUGGGGUGCGGCUCGAGGAUCACGAAGGCCUGCCGACCGUGGUCAAGCUGGUGGACAGAGAGACGCUCCUGAGAGAGCGAGAAGAGAAGAAGAGGGCGGAGGAGGAGAAGAGGAGGAAGAAAGAGGAGGCCGCCCGGAAAAGGCAAGAACAGGAGGCGGCCAAGUUGGCCAAGAUGAAGAUCCCGCCCAGCGAGAUGUUCUUGUCCGAAGGCGACAAGUACUCCAGGUUCGAUGAAAACGGCCUGCCCACACACGACACGGAGGGCAAGGAGCUGAGCAAGGGCCAGGCCAAGAAGCUGCGCAAGCUCUUCGAAGCCCAGCAGAAGCUGCACGCCGAGUACCUGCAGACGGCCCCGUGCGGAGGCGCCCCGUGAGCGGGGUGGGGGCAGUCCGGCCACGGCCGCUGGCCCUCUGCCCGCGGUGCCUGUCCCUGCUCUGCUCCGUGACUGUGGGGAUGGAGGCCCAGCCCCAGGCGCUGUGCCCGGCUGUGCCCCGCGUGCUCUGUGCGUGUUCACCGCGUCCUGCGGCUCUGGGCCUGCUGCGCGGCUCAGGCGGCGGAAAUAAAGUCUUCCCACAGCGAG